CCGGUGCGCGCGGCGGACGCGCUGCCGUCACGCGACCCUCCCCCCGCUCAGCGUGGUAGCGCCGGGAAGGGAUUAUGGCACAGACUCAAGGUUUUGGGAGGAGAUACAUUAAAGCCUUUUUUAAAGGUUUCUUUGUUGCUGUUCCAGUAACCGUAACUUUUCUAGAUAGAGUUGCCUGUGUAGCAAGAGUGGAAGGAGCAUCAAUGCAGCCUUCUUUGAAUCCUGGGGGAAGAGAAGCAUCUGAUGUAGUGCUUUUAAACCAUUGGAGUAUUCGAAAUUAUGAGGUACAACGUGGGGACAUUGUGUCAUUGGUGUCUCCUAGAAACCCUGAACAGAAGAUCAUUAAACGAGUGAUUGCUCUUGAAGGAGACAUUAUCAAAACCAUUGGAUACAAAAAGAAGUACGUGAAAGUUCCACAUGGGCAUAUUUGGGUGGAAGGUGAUCACCACGGACACAGCUUUGACAGCAAUGCUUUUGGCCCGGUUUCUCUUGGACUUCUACAUGCCCGUGCUACUCAUAUCCUCUGGCCUCCACAACGCUGGCAGAAGUUACAGCCAAUGCUGCCUCCAGAACGCAAACCACUUCAGAAGGAGCAAGAAUAAUAUAAAUAUUCAACUGGAAAAACAUUGAAGUGAAGUUUAACCAGGAAGAGUUGCAGUGAUUAUAACAUCACAAAUAAGAGCUUUGCCAAAUGUCCUAUAACAUCAGGUACCAUAUCAACAAAUUUAUGCAACAUAUUCACAUUAAAAUGCCACCUUAAAUGUAAAGUCUUUUUUUAAUCUCAAACAUUAUUACCUUGUGCAUUAUUUCAAUUUGAAAUAAUCAUUUAUUGUUGUAGAAGGACUGAAUGUUCAAUUUUUCACAGAGCAAAAAAAACUUGAGUUGCUAUAGCUGUACCUGUGUUUCUCUGGAUAAAAAGUUUUAAAA